UCCACCACAAAAAAUUCAUCAUGAGCUACGAUUCCUUCCUCUCCUACCGCCGCCCUUGGGACAGCUACAAAGGCUCCCGAACCACCACCAAAUCCUCCAUGUCUUCCUCUCUCUACUCCUCUUCCCGAGCUCCUCCAUCCGGGAAGAGGAAUCUCAGGAUGGCCUCCUCUUCGCUGCCGGACGGCUCCCAGAGGAUGGACUUGGCUCAGGCCAGCUCCCUCAACACAGAGCUGCUGGGCCUGCGCUCCCAGGAGAGGGCACAGCUGGUGGACCUGAAUGACCGCUUCGCUACCUACAUCGAGAAGGUGAGGCACCUGGAGCUGCAGAACCGAGCCCUGCUGGCCGAGCUGGAUGCUCUCAGGAGACGGCAGAACGACCCGUCCCGUCUGCAGACGCUGUACGAGGGGGAGGCGAGGAGUUUGAGGGCCCUGAUCGACUCAGAGAAUGGGGAGAAGAUGCGUAUGGAGGCGGAGAGGGACUACCUGCGUGACGUGUACGAGCAGAUGAAGGAGCGCUACGAGGAGGAGGCGAGGCGGCGUAUGGAUGCUGAGGAGGCCCUGCAGAGGGCCAGGGACGAGGCGAGCAGGGCCGUGGUCUACAACUGUGAUGCAGAGGCCACCGUGGUGUCUCUGUGUGACGAGAUGGUGUUCCUGAAGAAAGUCUUUGCCGAGGAGCAGGCUGAGCUGCAGGCCCAGCUGCAGGUGGCCAACAUCAGCGUGGACGUGGAGGUGUCCCGGCCUGACCUCUCCACCGCCCUGCGAGACAUCCGGGCACAGUACGAGCGGCUGGCGAACAAGAACAUGCAGGCCGCCGAGGACUGGUACCAGAGCAAGUUCGCGAGCGUGGCGGAGAUGGCCAGCAAAAACAACGAGGCCGUGCACGCCAUCCGGGAGGAGACCAUGGAGUACCGGAGGCUGCUUCAGUCUCGGUCCACGGAGAUCGAGGCCCUCCGGAACGUCAUCGACUCCCUGAAUAAGCAGCUGGAGGAUCUGGAGGAGACGCAGGCGAAGGAGGUGACCAAGUACCAGAUGAGGAUAAGUGAACUGGAGCGGGAUAUCACCGAGGCCAAGCAGGAGAUGGCGCGAUAUCUGAGAGAGUAUCAAGACCUUCUCAAUGUGAAGAUGGCCCUUGACAUUGAAAUCGCUGCGUACAGGAAACUUCUGGAGGGGGAGGAGAUUCGGCUGGCGUACCCUUCUCUUCCAGCCCUAAAUUAAAACCUAAACACCACCAACCUGGCAACCUGAAUUCUUCAUACCCCCUCACCCAUGCCCUGAACAUCUCAAGCAUCCCUCCAUAACUUCCCUUCUCUUCCUUCCUCAUUUCUUUUACAUUCUUCGCCUAUGUCCCCCCCCUGAAAACAUGAAUUUCUUUCCUCCUCCCAAAACCAAAAACCGCAAAGCUCAUCUCUCUCAAGACAGCAGCGCCCUUGUGCUAAACAAGAGGUCCACCAGAAGUCCCCCUUCUUCUACACACGUUCUGACACCAAACAUCAAGAAGACGGCAAACCGUAAAAAAAUACGCAGAGUGGCUGCACUGCAUUAGUUACAUAGCUAUGUCGGACGGCAGCGUUGCUUUGGCUGAGUUCCUGUGUGUCGUGCACGUUAAGGUCCAAGCAACAGAGUUCACAUUUGACUUUCCUGAAUCCUCCUUGUGCAAACAUUUGACCAAUUGUUUGUGGAGGAGGACAAACCUAAAUCCUUUAAUCUCUCAGUGCUUGGGUUUUAUCCGUGUUUGAAGUGAUGCAAGAAAGUUGUAGCGCGUUGCUCCAGGAACUCUACCAAUCAAUUAUGCAAUGUCCUGCACCCCUGGUUCUGUAGUAUUAGUCAGUGAACCAGUAACCUUAAAACUUUCUUUUCAUUACGUUAGAAACCCAUUUAUGUCCUCUUUAGUUAGUCUUCCUCCGCAUUUACGUCUACACGAAAACUGCAAGCUUUGGUUUGAAAAUCAGAGUGAGUGUGGGUCUUCCUACUUGGCUAUUUGGUUAUUUAAAUUUUCAAUAAAACCGUCUUUACUUCUGGGAAUGUAAAUGCAGCGGAAGAUUAAUUGUUACUGGUUUUUCCUUAUAUUCAUGCAGUGUGUCUCUCAGCGUACCUGCACUAGAUUCUUUUCGUUCUGUAAGUUCAUUCAAAGCUAAACCGUGAAACCGAAAGAUAACUGCAGGAGCUCCUUGUUGUCUGUCUGCUGAUCCUAGAUCUAAAUGGUGCUUUACAUCUGUGAAACUAAUACAAAGUCUGCACCAUUACGCUUGGUGUACCUGUAACAGCCGGCAACAAGCUGAAUAAACAUAUAACUGACCUGCAA